CGGUCUUGUGUAAAUCUUUUUUUCCCCUGAAGAUAUAUGUUCACAUACAACCUGUUACUACUGUGUUUUGUGCAAUUUUUAUGUCUGUCUUAAUUUCAGUUUCAUUAGUAGCCUUUAAUCAAAUCAAAGCUUUACUCGCUGGGCAUCUGAAAGUUAAACUUUUCUUACAAAAGUUCUGUGUUAAUUUUGUUAGUUCUUGUACAUUUUGGAGAGGGGGACAUUAAGGGCUCUUAAAAGCAAAAGGGCAUGUAAAUGUAAAAAUACUUUCUACUACCAUUUUUUUUCCCUAGCAUUUCACCCUUUUGUCCCAAGUACACACUUCUGCAGGGUGGAUAAAAAUCAAGAAUUUUAAAAAAAUUGCAUUUUUAAGAAUUUAAAUAGGAUUUUUUAAAGUUAAUUGUAUUUUUUUUUUGUCAAGAUGCUUUUUAAAAAAUAAGUCUAUAUAAAGAUAGUUUUAAUUUAAAAUAUGUUCAAGCUCAAAGAUAUCGUUGUGGAAUAGGAAUUAACUUCUAAUUGGAUACUACUUGAGACGUAUAUUAGAUGCUAUUUGAGACAAUAUAUUUGUGUAACCUUUUUAGAAAAGUUUUAUAAAUGGGUCACAACAAGCCAUGGACUAUAUUAGGGGCCCAAUUGUAUGGGGCUCCUAGAGGCUCCUCUAUAGAUUAAUAAAGAUUAAAGAAAACCACUCUACCCAAUGGGACUCAGUGCUCAGGCUAGAAGAUCCCAGUAAGCAUCUCUCUGAUGCUUAAUUUCAGUUCUCAGUCUGUGGAUUUGUCUCUCCAGAUAUAACAUCCUUGUUAACAGCAUUAUAUGGUGAUGAGAGAUAACAGACCUGACUACCUACCCAUCAGCCCUCUUGCGAUUUUGUAUAGACAGUCAAGCCCUUGCCUUUUUCUAAAAGUGCAAAGUUUCAAGAAGUUAAAUGAAUAAGGGAUAUCAAACAACAAGAAUGAACUUUUUGUAGAAAAGUGUUUAAAUUGAGGCUUCCUGACCAGGUUGUGAUUUAAAUUAUAAUUUAAAUCCACCCUCCACUUCUGUGUAUCUUUUUAUGGUAAUACUUGUGAAAGUUAUGCUGAUAACUAGUAAUAUGUAUAGCUCUGCAUAUUUUGUAAAUGUUGACUAUAAGCAACUAAUCUCCUAAUUUUAACAUGCUGUGCAGUGGUAGAGCAGGAAAGAUAUUAGGUGUCCAGUUCUAGAUUUUAAUCCUAGUGCUUUCAUAACAGCCAAUAAAUUUUGCAGUUCAAACUUUUCUUGAUCAGUGAUUCAGCCUAUAUGACAGUACCCUAAACUCCCCAUUGUUUCUGUAAAACCCAUGCUGGAGUUAAUGUUAGCAUACAUGGUUUUUUAACUAAAACUUUUCAGGGUAUUCUGAGUUACUUAGUAACAUUCACAGGAUGCAUGGGUAAUAAGGGAUAUUUUUCCAUAAUUCAAAAAAGUACAAAUAUUUUUUCUCAAGAUACAGAAAUAGAGCACUUAGUCUCCUUGAGGAGAGACAGCUGUAGUGUGCACUGCAUGAGGCUGCCUUCUGGGACCAUUCAGACUGUAACUCACCUUUCCCUGAGUAUGGUUUCAUGUCACAUUGAGUGAACACCAAUGGUGUAUCUAGGCUUCCUGGUAUCUACGAGGCAGCCAAGUUCAAGAUAUUGAUUGUAAGCUCUGAAACUGUCACUCCUGAAGGACUUUGCUAACCCAGAAACUUUCUCUCGGUAAUGCUGCCUUGAUUGAAAUCAGCAAAGGCAUGAAGUUAAUUGUGUAUAUAUGCACAUAAACACUUUGUAGAAGCAACUAUGAAAAGUACUGUCAACAAAUGGCAGGUAUCUAUGAGGAUCUGUUGAGAGAGUGCUCUCUCAGCAUGUUCAGCCAGAAUCUAGAUUUGUUAACUUUGAGGCCUGCUGUAAAGCCCAUCUUCUUUGCCCUCUCACCCAUUCACCUGAGUAUUUUUGGGAAGGAAGUGAGUCAAGGAGGAGUAGUCAGAAUUAGCAGUUUCUUUUAUUAGAGUUGUGGUUAUGUUGUUAUCAGGCAGAUAGAUCCUUGGUUAUAUUGUGAAUUGAAGCAGGCAGAAAGAGCUGUCCUAAGCAGCAGGUCAGUGUACCCUUUUGAUAUUCUUAGGUGAAAUUGAAAGUAAGCUGCGUUCUCCUUGAAUCAUCUCCUGUCACAGCUUUGCUGAAACUUCAGUAAGGGGUAGAUUGAAAUUCAUUCAUAAAUGUUUUAGCCAUUGACUCAUCUCAGAAAAUGAAAGCUGCUUACCAAAUAGCAUGCUGAAUGGUCAAAAGGGAAAACAUAAUACCUUUUCUCCUAGCCAUGAUCUUUUGUACACUGAGGAGAAAUACUCUUCUCUUUCACAACAUUGAGUCUAGGAAGAAAGUCUCUGAACUUCAGCAUUUACUCUGGUAACUGAUGUUCAUUUUCUCCUUGUUUUACUUUUCAUAGGUUCUGUUACCUGUGAUGGCGUCUGCUUUACCCAGAACCCUUGGGGAAUUGCAACUGUAUCGAAUAUUACAAAAGGCAAAUCUUUUAUUCUACUUUGAUGCCUUCAUUCAGCAGGGUGGUGAUGAUGUCCAGCAACUCUGUGAAGCUGGCGAAGAGGAGUUUUUGGAGAUAAUGGCUCUUGUAGGCAUGGCAAGCAAGCCUCUUCAUGUUCGAAGACUGCAGAAGGCUUUGAGGGACUGGGUGACAAACCCAGGCCUUUUCAAUCAACCUCUCACAUCCUUACCAGUCAGUAGCAUUCCGAUAUAUAAGUUACCAGAAGGGUCUCCUGCUUGGUUGGGAAUAUCCUGCAGUAGUUAUGAAAGGAGUAGUAAUACCAGGGAGCCCCACUUGAAGAUUCCAAAAUGUGCUGCCACUACAUGCGUGCAAAGUGUGGGUGCAGGCAAAUCUGACGGUGUGGGAAACUUAACACUGCAGAGUGGCAGUGAACCGAGACUAUGGCAGGGACACCACACUACAGAGAGUGAACACAGUCUUUCCCCAGCUGACCUUGGCUCUCCAGCUUCACCAAAGGAAAACUCUGAGACCCUGGAUGCUGCAGCUGCCCUGUCAGUUGCUGAAUGCGUAGAACGUAUGGUUCCCUCCCUGCCCAAAAGUGACUUGAAUGAAGUAAAGGAGUUACUGAAAACAAAUAAGAAGCUUGCGAAGAUGAUUGGUCAUAUCUUUGAGAUGAGUGACGAGGAUCCUCACAAAGAGGAGGAGAUCAGGAAAUACAGUGCAAUAUAUGGCAGAUUUGACUCGAAGAGAAAGGAUGGCAAACAUCUCACCCUCCACGAGCUAACAGUUAAUGAAGCAGCCGCUCAGCUGUGUGUAAAAGAUAAUGCAUUGUUGACCAGGAGAGAUGAACUCUUUGCGCUAGCUCGACAGAUCUCUCGAGAAGUUACAUACAAGUAUACUUACAGGACGACCAAAUCUAAAUGUGGAGAAAGAGAUGAGCUUUCACCAAAGAGAAUUAAGCUAGAGGAUGGUUAUCCUGAUUUCCAGGACACUGUCCAGACUCUUUAUCAGCAAGAUAAAGUACCACUUGCUUUGGCUAAAGGAAAAAGUGAGGACUCAGCAGCUCUUAAUUCCCAGUCUGAAAAACUGAUGGCAAAACAGAUGGAGUUUUUUUGCAACCAAGCAGGGUUAGAGAGACUGCAACAAGCAGAGAGACGCCUUUCUGCAGGGUGUUACAGACAAAGUUCAGAAGAGCACAGCCCCAAUGGCAUGUCAUUAGAUAACGCUGAUGGACAAGGUGAAAGGCCCCUGAAUCUCCGAAUGUCGAACCUGCAAAACAGACAGUUGCAACACCUUUCCCUAGAUGGAGAGCAGCACUCUGGAAAACCUCUUUGCAGUGACUUGAUCAGGCUUUACUCUAGUAGUGAGGCAAAGUCUCAGUCCUCAGAAGGCCUUGGCAUCUUAAAAGAUUUUCCUCACUCAGCUUUUAACAACAUAGAAAGGAAGGUCAUAAAAACAGAACCUGAAGAUACAAGAUAGUCAUUCUUCUCUGGAAAAUGGUGUUGAAAUAAAACUUCUGAGGAGAAACAAACAAGCCUUAAUAACCAGUGUUGCCUCAUUCAAAUAAGAGAUUUCAUAGCCAAAGUGUAAGAACUGGUAUAGUAGUCUGUGGAAACAGAAAAACAAGAGACAUUGCAAUCUAGAACAGUAAUACAGGUGGAUACGCAUUCCUGUAAAGUGGUUUUAUAAUGUGGAAAGGUUCACAAAUUAAUAUUGUGAGCCUGCAUUAUUUAAGAAUGUAUUAUGUAUUUGUAUAACUUAUCAAAGUAAAUCUAGAUGUUGGGACAUGUAUUGAGUCCAGUAGAUGUGGCUACAGUUCAUUUUACUUGAAAUUUCAACGUCUACUUUAAAUGUAUCUAGCAUAGAUAUAUGGUUGUUAUACAUUCGAGUUAAAAUCCUUGGUGAACUAGGAAAGAGAACGUAGUAACAAUUCACAGCUGUUUGCAAUUAUAUUUGUAGGAAAAAAAAUUAGAAAAUACAGAAGAUAUUUCAUGGUUUACAGUUUUCUCUGGAUAUAGCAUUUGAUAAAGUUGAUCCUGUAUUAUAGCAGACAUAUUUGAAACUUAUUAAUGUACUGUCAUUUAAAUAGUUUCAGCAGCCUUUACAUAACACACAUGUACUACCUAUCUGCAAUUUGGAAGUGAUGAAUAUGAAAAAAAUCACUAGCAUGGGGGAGUGUCCUACUUAUUGGCUCCAGACUAAGUGUCACUGACAGGACUGCCAAAUGUUGUAAUUCAGAAAGUUUUAUAAUAUUUUGGACUACUGUGGCUUAAAAAAAAAACCAAACCAACAAUGCAUCCUAAAUGUGGCAGAGAUUUGAGUGUGAUGCAGGAUUAACGUAUUAGUAUUCAAAGGUUGCGUUUCAUACCCAUACCAUAAGCUAGCAUAAAGAAGAUGGGAAGGGGGAUACAUUACUGGUAGAUAACCUAUUAUGAGGUGCUGCCCAACCUACAUGAUUCAAUGAAUAUACCGUAUACUGCAUACAGUAUGCCAAUGUUUCCUUAUGUAUGUUUAGUUAACAUCUGUACUCAUUAUUUAUUUGACAAUCUUUAUUUUUUGUACAUGGUUUUUCACUUUUGCAGGUAUCAUUUUGUCUCAAGAAAAAUAAUUGGCUUUAUUUACAGAAUUUGGGAUUUUGCAUGGUAUGUGUGCAUUCUCAAUGUAACUUCAGCUGCAGAGUUGCAUUUCUGCAGUGAAAUGAGUUACAUGCCUUAGUUCCUGAAUACAGCUUUUGCCCACAGUGCUUUCUGAGGUGCAGUAGAUAAACUUCCAUACUAAGGUGUUCACUUCAUGUCUGCAGUUUGCUCUGUCAUAAAUAUGUAUGUCAUACUGAAAUUAUGAGCAAAAUGUGAGCUGGAAUGUCUACACUGCAGUCUCUGAUAACUGUAAACAUGUCUACUUAUUUUAUCACUUUUGAUUUGUGGAACAAAGCUUUAUAGUAGAAACACCAGUAAACAACUUUUUAUACUAUUAAAAUGUUUGUUUAUAAAUGUUCUUUGAAUUGUAUUGUACUGUUUCACUCACUGAAGAAUCUUACUUUAAGUAGUGGAGUUUGCAGCUUUGCUGCUAGAAAUAGGAGAUGAAUGUGUACAGUAAUAUUUGGUCCUUUAUGUUGUGUGUACUAAUAAUAUGGGUAGGAUAUAUCUUCAGUUUAUAAUGUUAGCCAUAGCACUGGUUAGUAGCCGAGUAGUUUCAUGGAACAUGAUUCAUGUAUUAUGGUCUAGAACUUGUGAGUGGACUGAUUUAACAUUUGAACUAUACAAGUAUAGUUAUAGAAUUUAAGAAGCAGCAAACUUUUAAAAUUGCAGGAAACUUCCCUCUUAAUAUCGGGCAUGACCAAAAGCUCUGCAUGAACCACAGGAGAUGCUCUUCAAUGUCAAGAGCUUACUUGUCUUUCAGUCUACAGUAGGGAAAGACAGCUCAUCUUAUCACCACACAGUUUCAGUAGAAUACAGAAUUUAUUUUGUAAACACUAAUGUAUUAAAUUUGCUAUAAAUUAAAGUUUAUGAUAUAGUUUUAUUUUUGAUUUAUAAAUACAGUAUGAUUCAAUUGUGUCCUAACCAGUUGGUUAGCUAAGGUGGUCCAGCAGACCAUUUCAAUCCUAAUAUACGCAAAGUCCUUUCCUUUUUUCUUUUUUUUUUUUUUUUCUUUUUAACCUGUUUGCAGCUGUAUGAUUUUUGUACCUGGGGUAGGAUCGGGGGUUUAAACUCUUCACAACAUUCCUAGAUCUUGCACAGAUGGCAAGUACUCCACUACAUUUUUUCAAGACAGGAGGUUUGACUGACUACAGCCCAGUCUCUCAAGUGAGCAAGUCUGUCUGUAUAGGCAGUGGUAGCCUCUGUAGAUGUGUGCAAAGGUUUACUCCCCAUCUGCUCAUUGUGGAAGAGUGAGGGGUUGCUGGAUUCUGGUUCACCCAGGGUACAUUGCGUCAAAGGUCAGCCCUUUGCACCUUUUAUGCACCUGCUUAUAUUGUUGCUUACAAAAUAAAACUCACCAUGA